AGACAAGAUGGCUACUGAAUUAACUGUUCAAUCUGAAAGAGCUUUCCAAAAGCAACGUCACAUCUUCACCAACCCAAAGGCCAAGGCCAACAGAAAGACCAAGAGAUGGUAUAAGGAUGUCGGUUUGGGAUUCAAGACCCCAAAGGCCGCCAUUGAAGGUACUUACAUCGACAAGAAGUGUCCAUUCGCCGGUACCGUUUCUAUCAGAGGUAAGAUUUUGACCGGUACUGUUGUCUCCACCAAGAUGCACAGAACCAUCAUCAUCAGAAGAGACUACUUGCACUACGUUCCAAAAUACAACAGAUACGAAAAGAGACACAAGAACGUCGCUGCUCACGUUUCUCCAGCUUUCCGUGUCCAAGAAGGUGAUGUCGUCACUGUUGGUCAAUGUAGACCAAUCUCCAAGACCGUUAGAUUCAACGUCUUGAAGGUUGCCGUCUCUGCUUCCAAGUCCAAGCAAUUCGCCAAGUUCUAAGUACCUUGGUAUCUAAUAUACAAUAUAUAUAUGUUUUAUUAGGGUAUCUUUUAAUGUUACAUUAGUCUGAC